AGAAGACCCAGUGUUCGUAACCACUGAGCUAUCUCUUCAGCCCCCCAUUUUCUUCUUUUUAUAUAGCUUUAGAGAGUCAUCCCAUUUCAUUUAGCCUAAUCAAGAUAAUCUCUGCAGGCAUGCUUGGAAGCCCAUUUAGAAAGAACUUGGGGACAGGUUGAAGAGAGUUCCAUAUAUUGCUGGGUAAGAUUGGAGACCAUGUUUUGUAUGUUGGAGGUUAUUAUUUUGGGGCAGAUGAGUUGACACUUUGGAAAAGUGACCUCUGGUGUCAGUCUGAAGAAUGGACCCAAGAAAGGAAAAACUGUAGGCCAGUAAGUAGAUACUAAGGGGGUAUGAGGGAGAUAUAAAAUUAAGGAAAUAUAUUCAUUGGUGGUACACAGUACUAAGUUUUGUUCUGAGCCAAGAAUGUAAGAUUGAGGUAGGUCCUUGUCAAGGACUGGUAUAGGUAAAGGUUCUUUACAUCUUCCAUUAUUAUUUUACAUUUACUGAAUCACUCUCUCUCUCUCUCUCUCUCUCUCUCUCUCUCUCUCUCUCUUUCCUGUGUCUGUGUGUGCACGUGUGUGUAGGCCAGAGAACAAAAUGCACUAUGCAACUUGGGUUUAAAUUCAGGUCGUCAGGUUGGCAGCAAGCACUUUACCACCACUGACCCAUCCCAGCCAUCCCAUUUAUAACUCUUUCUGAUUUUUCAGUCUGGCCAGAUAGUCCAGUCUGGGGCUUUGAAGUGGCUAUGCAGCCCAAGGAUGACCUUGAACUUGUGCUUCUUCUUCGACCUUUCCCGAAGCUGGGAGUGCCACCAUGCUCAGUUUAUGAGAUGCUGGGGAAUCGAAUCCAGCACUCCCUGCUUGUUAGCCAAGCACAGUCACAUCCCCAGGCAUUCCUCUUCACUGGCAAGGCGGUACCUAGGUCCACAGAGCUCAGCCGGCUCCCUUGCGCCUGCGCAGUGGCGGAGUCCUGGCGCACGCGCAGCACGGGCGGCUUGGAGGUGCUGGCGGUGUUGUCAGUCGCGGCACAGGGUUGUCGCCCUAAGCCGAGCGCGUGGUUCCGGCUCCUCCCUCUCCCGCCUCCUCGGUCCCCGCCAUGGUGUUGGAGUCGGUGGUCGCCGACCUGCUGAACCGCUUCCUGGGGGACUAUGUAGAGAACCUGAACAAGUCCCAGCUGAAGCUGGGGAUCUGGGGCGGUAAUGUGGCUCUAGAUAAUCUACAGAUAACAGAAAAUGCUCUGCGUGAAUUGGAUGUUCCUUUUAAAGUCAAGGCUGGCCAAAUUGAUAAAUUAACUUUGAAGAUUCCUUGGAAAAACCUUUAUGGAGAAGCAGUUGUUGCCACCCUAGAAGGAUUAUACCUGCUGGUUGUCCCUGGAGCAAGUAUUAAAUAUGAUGCUGAGAAAGAAGAAAAAUCUUUGCAAGAUAUUAAACAGAAGGAACUUGCCCGAAUUGAAGAAGCUCUUCAGAAAGCAGCAGAGAAAGGCGCACACCCAGGGGAGUUCAUGUAUGGCUUGGAAAGCUUUGUUUACAAGGACAUCAAGCCUGGACGUAAGCGUAAAAAGCACAAAAAACAUUUUAAGAAACGUUUUAAAGGUCUUGAUCGCUCCAAAGAUAAGCCCAAAGAAGCAAAAAAGGAUACAUUUUUGGAAAAAUUGGCAACCCAAGUGAUAAAAAAUGUACAAGUGAAAAUCACAGACAUUCACAUUAAAUACGAAGAUGAUAUCACAGAUCCGGAGAGGCCUCUUUCAUUUGGUGUCACACUGGGAGAAUUUAGUUUAUUGACUACAAAUGAACAUUGGACUCCGUGCAUUUUAAAUGAAGCGGAGAAAAUCAUAUACAAGCUAAUAAGACUCGAUAGUCUCAGUGCCUACUGGAAUGUCAACUGCCACAUGUCUUAUCAUGAAUCAAGGGAACACAUCUUGGAUCAGCUGAAAUGUGAAAUACUUAGGAGCAGCAACAUCCCCCCAAACCAUCAAUACAUUUUCCAGCCAAUAUCAGCCUCUGCCAAACUCUAUAUGAAUCCUUGUGCAGAAACAGAGCUCAAAACGCCAAAACUUGAUGGGAACAUAGAAGUACAAAACAUUGCCAUAGAGCUGACCAAACCUCAGUACUUAAGUAUGAUUGAUUUUUUGGAGUCACUGGAUUAUAUGUUUAGAAAUACCCCUUAUAGGAAGUACAAGCCUUGCUUACCACUUCACACCAAUUGUCGACAAUGGUGGAAAUAUGCAAUUGAUUCCGUUCUUGAAGUUCAUGUAAGAAGAUAUACACAGAUGUGGUCAUGGACUAAUAUAAAGAACCACAGGCAGUUACUCAAGAACUAUAAACUUGCCUACAAAAGCAAGUUAACCCAGACUAAAGUCUCAGAAGAGUUACAGAAACAAAUUCAGGACUUGGAAAAGACCCUAGAUGUUUUUAACAUAAUUUUAGUAAGGCAGCAAGCACAAGUUGAGGUGAUUCGGUCUGGGCAAAAAUUAAAGAAAAAAUCUGCUGAGGCAGGCGAGAAACGUGGCUGGUUUAGUGGGUUUUGGGGAAAGAAAGAGUCUAAGAAAAAAGAUGAAGAAUCAUUGAUUCCUGAAACUAUUGAUGACCUUAUGACUGCAGAGGAGAAAGAUAAGCUCUUCACUGCUAUUGGCUAUAGUGAAAGCAGCUACAACUUAACUUUACCCAAGCAGUAUGUUGCCCAUAUAUUGACUCUGAAAUUAGUGAGCACCUCUGUUGUAAUAAGAGAAAACAGAAGCAUUCCAGAAAUACUGAAAAUUCAGGUAAUUGGCCUGGGUACCCAAGUUUCCCAGCGACCAGGAGCACAAGCACUUAAGAUAGAAGCAAAAUUAGAACAUUGGUACAUCACUGGUCUGAGACAGCAAGAUAUUGUGCCAUCACUUGUGGCUUCAAUUGGUGAUACAGCAUCGUCCUUGCUCAAAAUUGAGUUUGAAACCAAUCCUGAGAACAGUCUGGCCGACCAGACACUGACUGUUCAGUCUCAGCCUGUGGAGGUCAUUUAUGAUGCUAAAACAAUCAAUGCUGUAGUUGAAUUCUUUCAGUCAAAGAAGGGGUUGGAUCUUGAGCAAAUUACAUCAGCUACAUUGAUGAAGCUGGAAGAAAUUAAAGAGAGAACAGCUACAGGACUUACACAUAUCAUUGAAACUCGGAAAGUUCUUGAUUUAAGGAUAAAUCUAAAGCCUUCUUAUCUGAUAAUUCCACAGACAGGUUUUCACCGUGAAAAGUCAGAUCUUCUCAUUUUAGAUUUUGGUACCUUUCAACUCAAUAGUAAAGACCAAGGUGUACAGAAGACUACUAAUUCAUCUCUAGAAGAAAUAAUAGAUAAGGCAUAUGACAAGUUUGAUGUGGAAAUAAAGAGUGUGCAGCUGCUCUUUGCAAAAGCAGAGGAAAAUUGGAAAAAGUGUCGAUUCCAGCAUCCAUCAACCAUGCAUAUCUUGCGGCCCAUGGAUAUUCACGUUGAAUUGGCCAAGGCAAUGGUAGAGAAGGAUGUUAGAAUGGCCAGAUUUAAAGUAUCAGGAGGACUGCCUUUGAUGCAUGUGAGAAUUUCUGACCAGAAGAUAAAAGAUGCACUAUGUUUGAUUAACAGUAUACCUUUGCCACAGAAAUCA